GUACCUUCCUUUCCUUGUCAAAUCACUCACAACUAUCCUUAAUUUCUUUGCAGUGUUUAGAACCAAAGUAUGGUAAUGUAUAACAAUGAGAGAUGUCACGAGGGCCAGCCAUAGUCUUGGCGAUGACUGUUGGCCUCUGUCACUGCGUUGUACUGGACCUUGGCCGUAACAACCGAUUGGAGGUCAACCUACCCUGGCUACCGUUCGAAGGAGAGACGAGGUGCUACGACGAACUGGGCUGUCUCAACAUCACACGGGACUGGUACCAUCUGAUCUACCGACCGUUCAAUGUGUUCCCUCUUCCAAGGGAGGUCAUCGACACUAGGUUCGUCCUGUACACCCGCAAAAAUCCUGUUGAGGGACAGACGCUGAAAGCAGGUGUGGAUAGGACUAUCCAAAAGUCCAACUUUGAUGCCAAGAAGCAGACAAAACUCAUCGUACAUGGUUUCAUUGAUACUCCACUCAGCAACUGGGUUAAGGAAAUGAGACGGGAGCUGCUGAAGCACUCGGACUGGAAUGUAGUGGUGGUGGACUGGGCGGGGGGCUCGCUGCCUCUCUACACUCAGGCCACCGCCAACACACGACUGGUGGGCCUCGAAAUUGCCUACUUCAUCAACUACCUCAGCGUAAGUAUGAAUACAAAGAUAUUACUAUACUCUGUCCUGAGGAAUGUGACCCCUUGUCUACUAAACGCUCUCGCACGCGCACACAAGUCGGACUGCCCUGUCAAUCACCAAACUGUACAGUGA